UUUGAUUACAUAAGAAGUGCAGAAGAGUUUUGCAGUAUUUUGCCAUUAAGCUCGAUUGUACAAUGGCUGUUUGGGAGGCACUUCUGCAGUUUCCCAGCACAGGAACAUUAUUGGGUGCUUUUCUGUUGCUUCUGGUUUUAUAUCUGCUUUCCAAUAGCUCCAAACCUCAGAAAGAAGGCAAAGACCCACCAGGACCCAAACCACUGCCUCUGCUGGGAAACCUGCUGACACUUGACCUCGAAAGACCCUUUGUCACCCUUUGUGAGCUGUCCAAAACAUACGGAAAUGUGUUUCAAGUGUUUUUCGGUCCCAAAAAAGUUGUGGUCUUAGCUGGGUACAAAACAGUUAAAGAAGCCCUUGUGAACUAUGCAGAAGAGUUUGGGGACCGAGAAAUUGGUCCUAGUUUUAGUUUACUUAACAAAGGACAUGGGAUCCUCUUUUCCAAUGGGGAGAACUGGAAAGAGAUGAGACGCUUCGCCCUCACUAACCUGCGGGACUUUGGGAUGGGGAAGAGAGGAAGUGAAGAGAAAAUCAUAGAGGAAAUUCAGUACCUGAAAGAAGAGUUUGAGAAGUUUGAAGGGAAUCCCUUUGACACAACAAAGCCUGUGAACUACGCUGUAUCAAACAUCAUCUCAGCUAUUGUGUAUGGCAGCAGAUUUGAAUACACCGAUUCUCGAUUCAAAGAAAUGGUCGACAGGGCAAACGAGAACGUUCGGGUUGGUGGAUCGGCAUCUAUGCGGCUUUACAACAUAUUUCCAUGGUUGGGCCCCUUCCUGAACAGCAAAAGGACUAUCAUAAGAAAUGCUCUGAAAAACAGGGCGGCAAACACUCAGUUGAUCAGUGGGCUGCUGGAGACUCUCAAUCCACAGGACCGCAGAGGGUUUAUCGAUUCUUUCCUCAUCCGUAAACAAAGUGACGAGCAAUCUGGUGAGAAGGACUCGUACUUCCAUCAGGAUAAUCUUCUAGUGACGGUGUUGAAUCUCUUUGUGGCUGGUACUGACACCACUGGCACAACUCUGCGUUGGGGUCUGAUGAUUAUGGCCAAAUACCCUCAUAUACAGGAUCGGGUUCAAGAGGAGAUUGACAGAGUGAUCGGUGGACGUCAACCAGCUGUGAACGACAGGAAGAAAUUACCAUAUACAGACGCUGUGAUCCAUGAAACCCAAAGACUGGCCAACAUAGUACCCAUGAGUCUCCCCCAUACGACCAGCUGUGAUGUUAAUUUUAAUGGAUACUUCAUCAAGAAGGGUACCACAGUAUUUCCUCUGCUGACGUCUGUAUUAAAGGAUGAAAGUGAAUGGGAGAAACCGCACAGCUUUUACCCAGAACACUUCCUUGAUGAGAAGGGACAGUUUGUUAAGAAAGACGCAUUCAUGCCAUUUUCUGCAGGCCGCAGAGUGUGUGUAGGAGAGGGUUUGGCCAGGAUGGAGCUAUUCCUGUUCUUCACCUCCCUCCUUCAGAACUUCCGCUUCACUCCUCCACAUGGAGUGUCUGGAGAUGAGCUGGAUCUCAAAGGAAUAGUGGGAAUCACAUUGAAUCCGUCACCACACAAACUGUGUGCAAUCAAACGGUCCUGAUCCAUGACAAUAACAUUGAUCCUUAGAAGAAACAAUAGACACAACACAUUUCACAUCAUUUCAAAUAGAGAAGGAAUGAUUUUAACACUAAUUUUACUCAUGCUGAGUAAAUAUAAUAAAUGUCAGUAUGUAAAUAGCGGCAAAACAUCUGAUGUGUGAAACCACUUUUGACUUUUUUUGCAAUAUGAAGCUUGUUUUAUAACUUGUACUUUAACACAUUUAUUAAGACAUUUUCUUGGAGAAAUAAAAAUGUCAGAAAUCAGAAAGAAGAAACGUGACUCUGAGAAAAGAUGUGUAUUUACAUUUUUUGUAUGUUGUACAAUAUAAAAAUAUUGACUUGUCAUUUAAUAUAAGCAGGCCCAGACAUAAUCUGGAGACAGUUUUGCACAUUUUCUGCCCUAAUUUGGGGGUAAAAUCUGGAAUUGUGCCUAAUUGAUUUAAACUUGCUAAAAUGUGUUGAACUGUUGAAAUGCGUUGAGACCCUUACACACUUACUGGUGGUUAAAAGUACAAUUAUAUAUCCCAAAAUAUUGAAUAAAUGAACAUACAAGGGAUGUGGGUUAUGUAGAUCUUUCUGAAUGAGUCUUCUGAUUGUGCCCGCUCAUAUUAGAAGUAUAAAAACAAUAUUUUUUAUCUCGCUGCUCAAUAUUCAGAUACAAAUAUACAGUAUAAGUUGUUUUAGAGUGUAUGGAUAUCCACUCCAUUACGGCAUUCACAGUUCUUCAUGGGAGUGUGUCAAUGCUGAGCAUUUCUGCCGCAAUUUCCUUUUCCAUGGUAACAUUUCUUUGGUUGGAUCCUUCUUCUUACUGGGAUAAAAGUAUCUGUUCUUAACAAGACUGUGUAUACCAUGAAUUAAUUUGGUCUAUAAUUGUAUUGAUUAAUUGUUUCUCUGACCCAUUCCACCCCAUAAAUACAAAUUAUGGAAUUUAAGAACUUCCUACUUACUGGAUGUUUUGUCCGGUAGGAGCAGUGGCAAAGCCUCAAAAAAUGUGGAUGAGAAAAACAAUUGAUUGUGCAUAAAUAAAACAUAAAAUAUUGCGAAACAA